AUAUUUCCAUCUAUCGUAUUUUUGGUUCGUUUUUUAGUUUGUUCUUUUCAUAACGGUUUAACCAGAAUUAUCUAGAAUUAUCUUGAAUUAUCUAGAAUAAACUAAAAUCAUUGUUGAAUUAUACCCUAUACUGCAGUAAUCCUUCUAAACCAACUUGUUCAAUAAUAAAUAGUUCCUGAGUUUGGGAAAAACUUUCACGGUUUUAUGUUCGGAUAAUUACACAUACAGAUAAUUUCACACAAACUUUCAAGGAGGAGGGGGGGGGGGCUCUCUUUAGUUUGAAAAUAAUAAUAAUAAUAAUUAUAAUAACAUGGGGAGAUCGCAAAAUAUUUGGGUUCAUAAUGCAUAUUUAUUUUGAGGAAGAGAUGGGAUAAGAUGAUCUAUGAGCUUGAAAAAUAACUCAAUUUUAACUUGACAAAAAAUAUUGAAGGUAAAUUGUUUAAAACAUUUUUCCUGGUUCCCAUGCCUGGAUUCUUGAAAUGGCGGCAGUUUGCGCAGAAUGCCGCGGAAGAAACCAAGUCCGUUUACACCUCUUGACGAUGACGACGAGAGUAAAUGUCGGGAAAUUAAAUCUUUUCUUCGUUGUGGGAAAACAAAGAAAGGGAAACCCUGUCUUUUAGAUGAAGAUGAGAACUCUGUGGCAAUCCUUAUAGAACAGGCACGGAAUGAACUUGGCAAGGGAAGAGCUAAGACUGCGAAGUCGUAUUUAGAUCAGGCGCUGAAGAUUGAUGACGAGGAGCCGCUUGUUCUGAUUGAACGAGGAAGGUGUUUAGUUCAACUCUCUCAACCAACACAAGCUUUGAAGGAUGUGGAUCCGGUUCUGAAGGAUAAUCCAAGUUCUCCAUUAGCUCUCAGUGUAAAGGCUGAUGCAAUGUAUCAUUUGGGAGAUUUUGAGCACGCUCUUCUAUACUAUCAUAGAGCCCUCAGAUACUCUACUCAGGACACGGAAGGGUUACGUCUCGGGAUUCGAAGGUCUGUGAAGGCGAUAAAUAAUGCUAUAGGGAAACAAAUGUCUAACUAUUAUACAGGUUUAAAAUCAGUUCUGGUAGAUUUGGAGAAGAAUGUUCUAGAAACAUCAUUAUCUCAACUUAGUACGGUAGUGAUACAACCACAGGAAUCCAAUAAACAACCAGGAUCAAGAAAGGCAUUUCUUGGUCAACUGUAUGCAGAAGUAGAAUAUCUUUCAAACCUUCAACUUGGAGCAAAAGGUGCAGGUCUUUCCAAGAAGAAAGGGAGCAGUUCUGGAGACAACAAGCCCCUGUUUAUAAAUAAAUAAUAAAAAAAUUUUAAGAAAUAACAUGGUUUUACAAAUUUGAUUCAGAGUACAGUACAUGUGUACAUGUAAUAAAUAUAUUUUGUUUGAAUAAAUUGCUUAAAAGAUA